GGAUCAGUCCAAAAGACAUGCACAACAAGUCUCGCACUCCUGGAGGUCUAGACCGACUUAAACGCUGCCUCCUGUUGAGUUGAAUGUUCCUCCUCGGUAGCCGGUCCCCUUGCCUUGUCCCUCAAGUUUUUUUCUUCACCAUUUUCUAGUGACGUUUCCUAAUACGGACUAGUGCACUCUCUUGAUGAAGCAGCCGUCGCUUUUCAUCGCUUUACCAUCCCGCGCCAGCCUCAGGCCAAUUCCUUCCCUUCCCUCGACCAUCAUUCUGUGCAUAUCUGCUGCAGUGUGUACAUACCCACUCCGUAUAACUGCUAACCACUUCUCGGCGCCCUCUUCUUACGGCCGUGGACGAAAGACUCUCGUACAUGCUCGAGGCUGCGAGGCUACGAGUAGUUGGCCGUAUGGUGCGUGGGUGAACAUGUCUCAUAUGUACGAGGCACGUACUCUCGUCCCUACCAUUAACGAGUAAAGCAUGCAACUACAGGUCGGAAUAACCGCCAAGUCAAGCAACCACCAGGGACCACCCACUCAACUGCAGUCACGGCAGUCACGGGGACCCUUCAGUUUUUCUUCCUCCUCCUUAGGCUCUUCCGUUUCCCUUCCUCUUCAUCAUUACUCAGGCUUUCCCCUGCUGCUGUCUUUCAGCCUCAAACAAAUGGGACCAGGCAUGUCGGCCCGUGAGCGUGGGAGAGAUAGUUCUCUCCUCACAGCUUUUCUUUCUUCUCAGCAAUUGUCAACCCACGUCGUGCCUAUAACACAUUUCCGUUCACGGCUGGACCGUACAUCCUUUGGUGACCGGA